UAACGUAGAACCAAAAGUAGAGUAUUAUUGCGAAAUUCCUAGUUCCUAUUAGUUAUACUAUUAUACUAGGCCUACUGAACAUGAUAUAAAAUCAGCAAAAGCCCAGAAAGGAUAAGUCGUUUAGGGGUGGUGUAGUCAAGAAAGGAUUAGCCUAGUUGUUUGCAAGAAGACUAAAGAUGGGAUCAAAACCUAGCACACCUCGUCCCAAGAAAGAAACAUUUGACUCAAAAAACCCAGUGAAGCCACAGACUAAGCGUACAAAGGAUGUGAAAUCGGAAAACACCUUUGCCCCCCAUGAAGUUCCAGAUGAUGUAGACAAGCCAGAUUUGAAUAGACAAGAUUCUGUCUCCAACAGAGAUCUCAUGAUUAGCUACAGUCACCAAGACAAAGAAAUCAUGGCCAAACUGAGAGAGAGCCUGGAGAAGAAUGGGAUUAGUGUAUGGGUGGAUGUUGUUGGGCUGACUGCAGGAGUGGAUUUUCUCAGUAAAAUUGGUGAAGCCAUUCUGGAUGCUAAAUUGUUUGUAUCUUUGCUGAGCACAUCCACAGUGAAAUCAAAGUACUGUCAGGAUGAAGUGGCCCUGGCAUACAUUUCACAGAAAGCUAUAUUUCCUGUGGCAAUACAAUCCCAAGAGGAAAUUUAUGCCAUUAUGGACACUGGAAUGAAAUUACAGCUAGCCAGCUUGGAGUGGACUUUCCUAAAUCCAGAUAACUUUGAUGAGGGCUUCAAUGAUUUGUUGUCAAAACUCAAAGCAGAACUGGAAUUUCAAGCAAAGGAAGCUGAACUUGGUAACCAAGUAAAGGAGCGAUUAAAACACAGACAGCGAAAUUUUCAAAGACAGAAAUCAGAUUUGCUGGAUCCUCACUUGUCUGAGCACCCUGAUGUGUACUGGGAUAAAUUCUACAAAAACAGAGAGAGUGUAGAGUUCAAUCAGUUUGCUGAAGAUUUUCAGAAAUACUAUAAAGAUGAUUUAAAUAAAAUGUAUCCAUUAGAUGAUCAAACAUGGCUUAUCAACAACUUAAUAGAAGAAGUUAUCAUGUCUAUUGAAAGUGAAAGCAAACACAUCACCAAGAAGAGUCUUGAAGACUUCUGCACUGUGGAUGGAGAGUUACAAGUCCUGUGGCAGAGAGUGACAUCUUACGCACAAGACAUGUAUGCCAUGAAAGAUGUGUUUGCCAUGGAAUCCACGGUCAGAGUGGAUGCUAUAGAAAAUCUUGGUAAAUACCAAAGUGUCUCCGUGAUAGAGUCUCUGAGAGACUUACUCAGAAAUGAAAACGCAAACACAAGAGCAGUGGCAGCUGUGUCUCUGGCCAAAACUGGAAAUCAGGACAAGUCCACCAUCAAUGUCCUUCUCAAGUGUCUGAAUGACAAAGACAGACUAGUCCGGGAGGCUGGAUGUUUGGCACUUGGACAUAUGAAAGCUAAAAGGGCUGUGCCAAGACUGCUCCAUUUGUGGAGGAAUGAUUUCAUAUCUCAUGUGAGAGAAGCAGCCCAGGCAGCGCUCAUUCAGAUCGGUGGUGACCAGGUAGAUAAAGCCAUGCACAUCACCAAGGUCCUGGCGGAGGAGAUACGACUCCUCACUGAAGAAAAUUAAUCUCUCUACAUAACGGUGCACAAUAUACUCCCUACGUGGAGGGAAAGAACAUAUGCUCAAGCUAGUGCCAAGGACCCUUUAUUUCUACAUAUCACAGUUACUAAGUUAUGCGUUGUGUUGGCUAUUGUUAUCCAGAAAUGGGCAUUCCAGUGGUGUCAGUAAUUUUUAUUUGAUUUCUUGUUUGUAGUGAUACAUAUUGAGGUGUGGUUAUUGGGGAUAUGGUAGUCACCAGCAUUAUAGGAAAAGAAAAUGACGGGUAUAAGCACUUCAUGCAAAUUUUCCUACAGUUCUGUUGUCUGUCAUGACUACCAGUAAUGACAAUAAAAGCACAUUUCAUUGUUUAUAUUUACAUCUAAAUGAACUGACUGGGGAAACAUUUUUUAGGUCUAAUAUAUAUGCAUUUAUUGCCUUGUGUUUUUUAAGUGAGGACAUUAAACGGAACAGCAAAGACAGGUGGUCACAUGAUUUUUAAUAAGUGAAAAACUUUGAAGUUUAGGAUGUUAUUUUGAAUUUGAAAUGCACUGAAAAUAGCAAUACAAAAAUUUUAUUAUUUUAUGUUUUUUUUAAUGUAUUUUUUGCUUAAAACAACAAACAAACAAUUCAGAUCAAGGAAAAUUGACACUGUUUUGGAAGUUGCCUGCUCUGAUAGGGUGUGGAAGAAAACUUAUUGAAUGUAAAUAUUAACAAAUAAUGGUUUGGGUACGUAGAUACAGUACUUUAUUCUACUGAUUUUUUUAUAGAAUCUAUGCACUUAGUAGCACAUAUUAAGAGUUUUUAGAAAAUUGACAUUUCAUAAAAUUCAUUUACAUUCAAUAUCAAAGUCUUUGUUGCUUUACAAUGAUGUUCCAAUGAAAUGAUGCCAUAAAAAAUAUGUAUUAUACAAUUAUUUUGACGUUAUCUCAGGAUCAAUGCUUUUAAAAAUGUAUUUCAUACCAGUGUACUAUGAGUUAGGUGCAACGUUCAAGGUAAAAUAUCAAACAUCAGGAAGAUGUAUACCUCUACUUUUAAGAAUCCAUUUUUGAAAAUUUUACCCAGAAGGUCCCUUUUUGCUUGACGCAACAGAAAUGUAUGUCAAAUUUCAUCAAUGCAAGUGUAUAAUCAAGUAAUACUCAAUGAUCUUGUAGUUAUACAUUUACAUACGUGUAUUUUGAAUUAUUCCGUCCCUUAAUUUAUAUAUAUUUAUAUUGGAGAUUCGAAGCCACAUAGUUUUUGGUCUGUCUAUCUGCAAAAAUUUUAACGUUGGCCAUAACAUUUGAAUGGAUGGUGAUAGGGAUUUCAUGUGUGAAUUCCUUGUGACAAGACCCCUUUAUUUUUGGUACCAAAAGUAUUUGACCAUGACCUUGACAUUGGAGUUUGAUCUAGUUUUGCAAAAUUUUAACCUAGGCCACAACUUUUGAAUGGUUAGGGAGAGCUUUUAUAUUUUACAUGUGUAUUCCUUGUGGAAAAAACUUUUCUUAUGGUACCAGAAUUACUUUGUUGCCGUGCGGGGACAUCAGUGUUUGCAAACACAUCUUGUUUAUAACUAUUAUCAUGUAUUUGUAUGUUGUUGCAUGUUGUAACUUGCACUAGGAUAAUAAAAGCACUUGUCUCUGUGACACUAUUGAAAUUAUUAGUUACGUAAAUAAAUGUCUGUUGAUGAAAAAGUGAUACCUUCUAUGGGGAUACAAUUGUGUGAACGAACUUGCAAGAAUGUAUUUUUUGUGGUUUCCUAGCAUUUUUGUAGUUUAAUUUGAAAGUGUAUACAUAUAUAAGUGUUGAGUUAUAAUGCAUUUGAGCUCUCUCAAUGCUUUGCUGAAUGGCAAACUGAUUGAUAUGAUUGGGGGGGGGGGGGGGUGUAGUGCAUUUCAGAUGAUGAAUUAAUCUUUUCCCCCCUUUGAAAUUAAUCUUUGAUGCUUAUAGUUGUUAAGGCAGCUCACUACAUCAAGACUAAAACAUUUCAUGACACGACGUUGACCAAUGCAGCCAUUCCAUGUUAUGUAGGCCAGCCUCGUGGUCACUUUAGAUGGACUAAAUUUUGUGAAAUAUAGUAAACAAACUUAUGCGAUUGGUUACAUUCUACAAGACGAAUAUUUGUAUUUUAUAUAACUUUUUGAUCCAUUGAUUUAAACUACUAUCUGAUAACUGGGAGAAUUUGUAUGAAUGUUUUUCUUUUUAUUAAUUUACAUUUCUAAAUCUGUUGAAUGCAAUGUGUUAUAGUUCGCAUACUGGAAAUGAUAUAGAUUUACAUGAUUAAAAAUAAAUGUAUGUGGCCAAAAUUUUUUAAAUUUUACUCGCAUUUACUACCGACUUUGUACUCUCCUACAUCACAAAAAGAUGGUUUCAUUGUCACACAUUGAGAAUGUCGUGAUUGUCCUUGUAAUGAAGAUUAAUCAUGUGGAUCAUCACCACCGUCAAAUUUACAUUUUAUUUCUAACCAUCACGUCUUUCUGACUUUAAUUGUGCAUUAUUUUGGGGUUGGUUUUUUUAUUAUUAUUAUUUUUUUAUAUUUUGUAUAAUGUAAACUAUUUAUUGUUACAUGUUAAACUUUUCAGAUGAUAUCCCGGUACAUAUCACUGAUCCAGACUUUAGCACUUGAACACUUUGUUGACAGCUAGCUAGUUUUGAUAUGUUAUUGUGACAAUGUUAAGUUUGUGCUUUACCUUUUAUAUCAAUAUUUUCCUCUAUGUUUUGUGUGAAACUCCAAAGUGUUAAUUUCCCCACAACUUACAACUGUAUAUAAAUUUCUCAGUUCAUGCAAAGUGAAAGGUCAGUGGAUGGGAAAUAUGGAAAUUAACAUUGAUUUCAAUUUCUGUUUGGCAGUAUUUUUGAAAUGUGUCGAUUUUAUGUUUUCAUUUCAAAUAUAAAUAUUAGGAAUCACUGUCUAGUUUUUUGUGUAUUUGGGGUUGACCAACAACAAUGAAAAACGUGAUAAUUUAUCAAAUUAUCACCUUUCCUAACCAGAUGGCAUGACAAUGUGAUUCCUAUGUUCCCCCCUCCCCCCUGAAACUUCAUUUGCAUGGCAUAUAAUGACAUACCCUGGUAUUUAAUUUAAAUGAGCUAUUUGCUUCAUAAAAUCAUGUCUGGCUUACAUGUAUAUCAGAAUAUUUAGAUGAAUUUUUGAAGGGGAUUGUCAUAGCUUAAGCUGGACUAUAUGCAUACAAGUGUCCAUUAUAUCUCAAGUUGUAUGUUUAAUAUUGUUUCACAUGCAGAUGAUUAUUGUUUAAUUCAAGAUUGCCUUCAUGCAAAGUUUUUUUUUAUUAAUUUAUGUGUAAUUGUUGAAUUUAGAUUGUUAAUGUAAGGUUUGUGGGAUUUAAAUGUCACAUCACCAUAGCUGUAGCUACUUGUAAAGCAUUACUUUUAUAUACAUUUAUCUGCUAGUGAAGUCACUUUAAUGGGAACAAAAUUUCAUUAUUUCACAUUACUAUACUUCACUUGUUACUUUGGUACUUUAUUUGAAUUCUGAAUACCCCAUGAAAUAAUCUGUGCUAUUUACUAGUAUUUACUAUUGAGUUGAUGAUGUUGAAGUAUUUUUCAUAAUAAAUCUUAUUGUAAUAA